GAAGUGAACUCGUCUCCUUCCUCAGGGGGCGGAGACAGGACACAACCCUGGUGUUGAUACUUCUGCUCGGUCGUCCUUGAGGCAUGUCAGCCGGGGCAUCAGAACAUGCACACGAGACCCACCUCCUAAGUGCGUCCUUUUGAAGACAUGUUGGGACAUUUUGUUCGCGCUGCGCUGCGGCCGGGCCUGGGGGGGCAUCCAGCGCGCCGGCUCAGACUGGUGGGGGUCCACCACGUCCCAGAGAGGUCAGUGGUGACCCAGGAGGACCUGCCCAGGCUGCCCGUGCCGCCGCUCAAGCAGACAUGCGAGCGCUACCUGGCCAUGCUGGAGCCCAUCGUCAGCGAGGAGGAGCUGGAGCACACGCGCCAACUGGUGGCCGACUUCCUCCAGGGAGGAGUGGGGGAGAGGCUGCAGAAGAGCCUGGAGCGCAGGGCCAGGAAGACGGAGAAUUGGCUCUCAGAGUGGUGGAUGCAGUCUGCCUAUCUGGACUGCCGCAUGCCGGUGGCCGUGUACACCAGCCCUGGGGUGGUGCUUCCCCGCAUGCAGUACCGCGACCGCCAGGGGCAGAUGAGAUUUGCUGCAAAAUUGAUUACUGGCAUCUUGCAGUUCAAAAAGAUGAUUGACAGCGAUACCUUGCCCCUGGAGUACCUGAGUGGGAAGCCUCUGUGCAUGGACCAGUACUACCAGAUCCUCUCAUCCUGCCGGAUCCCCGGACCAAAGAGAGACACGGUCGCCAACCACAGCAGUGGGAAGUCCUCCCCGCCCACACACAUCACCGUGGUGCACAACUUCCAGUUCUUCGUGCUGGACGUGUACAACAGCGAUGGCUCCCCGCUGACAGAGGACCAGAUCUACAUGCAGCUGGAGAAGAUCUGGAACUCCUCCCUGCAGACCAACAAGGAGCCGAUCGGCAUCCUGACGUCUCAGCACCGUAACACCUGGGGCAAGGCCUACAACAACCUCAUGAAGGACAAGACGAACAAGGAGUCGGUGCGCGCCAUCCAGAAGAGCAUCUUCAGCGUGUGUCUGGAUGCGCCCAUGCCCCGCGUGUCUGACGAGCUGUACCAGAGCCGGGUGGCAGCCCAGAUGCUGCACGGCGGGGGGGCGCGCUGGAACAGCGGCAACCGCUGGUUCGACAAGACACUGCAGUUUAUCGUGGGGGAGGACGGAACAUGUGGCCUGGUCUACGAGCACUCCCCCGCUGAAGGCCCGCCCAUCGUCUUCCUCAUCGACUAUGUUGUUCAAUACAUGCAGCAGCCGGACACGCUGCGUUCCCCCAUGGUGCCCCUCUCCAUGCCCCUCAAGCUGCGCUUCAACAUCACCCCCGAGGUCAAGAGGGACAUCGAGAACGCCAAGCAGAACAUGAACAUGAUGGUCCAUGACCUGGAUGUGAAGGUUCUCGUGUUUUCACAUUUUGGACAAAACGUACCAAAACAACACAAGCUGAGUCCUGAUGCGUUUGUACAGCUGGCGCUUCAACUAGCCUACUUUAGAAUGUAUAACAUGUGCGGCUCCACCUAUGAGAGUGCUUCCUUACGAAUGUUUAAAUACGGGAGAACGGAUGCCAUCAGGUCGACGACGAUGGAUUUGUCCAAGUUUGUGAUGGCCAUGGAUGAUCCAGACAAACAGAACACACAGAAGAUCGCCUUGAUGCGCCAAGCAGUUCAGACCCACCGGCAGACGACCAAAGAAGCAAUCCACGGUCUAGCCAUAGACCGCCACCUUCUUGGGCUGAGGCUGCAGGCUAUUGAGGACCUCACCUCCAUGCCAGAGAUUUUCAUGGACACCUCCUACGCUGUGGCUCAGCAUUGUCACCUGUCCACCAGUCAGGUGGGCUCCAAGACGGACUGCGUGAUGAGCUUCGGCCCCAUGGUGCCCGACGGCUACGGCGUGUGCUACAACCCCAUGGAGGAGCACAUCAACGUGGCCAUCACCGCCUUCAACAGCUGCGAGGAGACCCACGCCGCCAAGUACGGCCGGGCCGUGGAGAAGGCCCUCCUGGACAUGAGGGACCUGCUGGAGGCCCCUGCGUCCUAGAGACUUCACAGGGAGGGGGUCACAGGAACCCCGGUGGUGGUGGACCCCGGUGUCCCUACUCUUUACUGUAAGACGGAGUUAACGUCUAGACCUGCUGCCGCUGGUGGGAACGGGGUAUGGGGACUGCAGGGAAGGGUGAAGUGUUUCCCCUGAGGAGGGUGAACCCAGGGCACUUUGUUAUGAAGGGGGUCUACGGUUCUAUUACCCCCCAUUCACACCCGCAAAAAUGCACUGCGUUAAUUAUAGAAAGAGAUGAUGACAAUGGAGCUUAUUUUCUUAUUGAUAUUUAUAUUUAGAUUGAGUGCUCAUUGAGUGUUAAUAAAACAGAGGUAACAGAUAAAUAUAUAUAUAGAUUACUUAUUGUUGUUUUUCUGUGCAGAAAAUAGAUUGACUAUUUCAGUGCUGAACAGACUGUGCUUCUGAAUGUAACAUGAGAUUGUUUUGCUUCUGACAUUAAGCAAUAAAUGUUGAAGAAAUGUGCGUGGUC